CGACCCUUUUUUCUCUUCUAUUUAAAACCAUCCCUCUUCACAAUCAUUCUCUCACGUACUUGCAUAUCUCUUUCUCAAAAACAGUACAUUUCAAUAUAUCCCUAUCUUUCUUUUGUCUCUCAAACAGUUUCAACAUGGCUGAUCAGAGUGGAUACAAGAAUCCAGUAGAUGGAACACCAACAACAAAUGGAAGCAAUAGGGCUAACAAAAGGAGUGUUGCAACUUCUGAUUACGUUCUUAGGUUUCUAGCCUUUGCUACUACUUUGGUUGCUGUUAUAGUGAUGGCUGUUGGUAAACAAACUAAGAUUGUUCCGGUUACCCUUCUUCCUAAUCUACCACCGAUUAACGUCGAAGCUCAUGCUAAGUGGCAAUACAUGUCUGCUUUCGUAUUCUUCAUGGUGAUAAACAUUGCGGCUUGUGUUUACUCAGCUCUAUCUCUAAUCUUAGCUAUUGCAAACCGAUUCGGAUCAAAGGGAUUGGAUCUAGCAGUCAUUCUCCUCGACUUAAUCAUUUUAUCGCUUCUGUUCGCUGCAAACGGAGCUGCUGCUGCUGUUGGUGUUUUAGGUUACCAUGGGAACACACACACGCAGUGGAAAAAAGUGUGUAAUGUAUUUGAUAGUUAUUGUCACCAUGCAGCUGCAUCCAUCAUUUUGUCUUUGGUUGCUGCACUUAUGUUCGUGUUGUUAUUAGCUUUAGCUGCUUCCAGACUCCACAAGAGAUGUUUGUAGUUUGAUUUGAGGAAUUUGUAUAAUGGUAUGGGCUUGGUUUGAACAGUAUGCGGCGAUCAAUUGUAACGGUACAUUAAAUUUCUGUCAAUAUAUGUUCUAAACAGUGUAUUUUAUUUUCAAGGGCUCUAUUUUGAUUAAAUUAUUUUUA